GGUCUGUCGUGUACAAGAAAGCUCGCGCGUUUUGAUAGAAGAGAAAAAAAAUCGCUAAAACUACGUGACGAAAUAUUUGCUGUAUUUGCAAAAUAUAAAUAAAUAAUUGUUUAUAUAAUAUUAUGUCGGUGCAUACGAUCCCAUUGGUUACACCUUUUAUUCGAGGCCCGAGGUUUCCGUACAGAAAGAGCAAGUCACCGUUCUUUCCCGGCGUGGAGGAAGCGAGUGUAGCCAGCGGCGCUGCCGCAGGCUCGCCGCCAGUACCGCCAGAUCAGGCUCAGGAUGUCGUCUCGAGACUAAGUGCAGCAGGUCUAUCGAUGUGUGUAUCGGCGCUGGGUUCGCCGGCGCGGUCGUCGCCCGUGUCGGCGGGAUCCGAGCACGGAGAGCGCUUCAGCCGCAAGGUCUUCGUCGGAGGGCUACCUCCAGACAUCGAUGAGGAUGAGAUAACGUCGUCGUUCCGACGGUUCGGACCUCUAGUGGUCGACUGGCCGCAUAAGGCUGAGAGCAAGAGCUACUUCCCGCCCAAGGGCUACGCGUUCCUGCUUUUCCAGGACGAAAGCUCAGUUGCUGCAUUAAUGGAAGCGUGCAUCACAGAUGACGACAAAUUGUACUUGUGCGUCUCGUCGCCGACCAUCCGGGACAAGCCCGUCCAGAUCCGACCUUGGCGACUAGCUGACGCAGAUUUCGUUCUGGACGCUAGCAUGCCUCUUGAUCCGCGUAAGACCGUGUUCGUUGGAGGCGUACCUCGUCCUUUGAAAGCUGUUGAGCUGGCGAUGAUUAUGGACCGGCUGUACGGAGGCGUGUGCUACGCCGGUAUCGACACGGACCCAGAGCUCAAGUACCCCAAGGUGAAGCCGUACGUGCUGGACGACCAGAUGUGUGACGAGUGCGCGGGCGCGCGCUGCGGAUCAAAGUUCGCGCCUUUCUUCUGCGCCAACGUCACUUGUCUGCAGUAUUACUGCGAGCACUGCUGGGCGACGAUCCACUCCCGGCCGGGCCGCGAGUUCCACAAGCCCCUCGUGAAGGAAGGCGCCGACCGCCCGCGCGCCGUGCCUUUCCGUUGGUGCUAAGGCUGCACCGCAUUCACGGGGAAGUGUUGCGCAUUUUGGGCUGCAACUUGGUUGCUUCAAGUACUUUUCUAAUGGCAACAUUGGUCCACGGAAACUAAAUUACUACCACAAAUUAAAAUGCUACCGGAAGUGACGGCUUAAAAAUGAUUUAUAGGUCUGGCAACACUUUGAAUUUCGGUUUCGUUUCCAACGAGUAGUCUGGACUUUAUUAGUAUUAAUUUUGGGUGCUAUUUGUUAAACGGUUUAGUACCCAAUUGUAAUUUAAAAGGUAGUCGUUAUUUCUGGAAAGAUAUUCGGUAUUAUUGUUGUAUGUAAUACAAUUUCCGCGAGUCUAUUGAGUGCAAAAUUGCAUUAUCAAUGCCGUACUGAAAGCCCAAAAAAACACAACACUUGCCGAUCGUCACUACCACACGCCGCAGUCUCUACAGAGUGGAAUUAUUUCUAAAACUAGGAUAAGGAGUAUCUAGUACUCCAUAAUCUUUUCCCUUAAGGGUUUCUAUAGCAAAAAUAAUAAUAGAAAUAAUUUUACUCAUAUAAAUCUGCCCAACACACGUCGGAAGGUACGGAAGGAACUUAGAAAAACCUAGCCUAAAUAGUAUUUAGAUAAAAAAUUAGUCGAAAAUUUUUGACAUAGCUUAGUCCAUUGGUCAUCUAACGACCACUAGUUUUCUAUUUUCUGUUUAGACGAGGUUUUUAAUGUAAGAAAACCUGGAACGUUAAAAGUUUUGCCAUUCGAUUAUACGUUUUUGAUAUAAUAAUGGCAAAAAAUAAAUUCCUCGUGGUAACCGGAUGUGACAAACUUCUUAAUCUGGUCAAAUGCCAGGUUUUGAACACAGCGAUCCCGUUUUAGGAAAUUUUUGAAAAGCAACAUUAUCCAACGUUUAUUGAAUAAGCAAAAAAAAAAUUAGGAUUCAAGUACAACAGGCUCUAUUCACUUUUUCACGCAACCCAACGUGGUGUUGCCAGUUUUCAAUUAAACUGCACAUUUGAUGGUUUUCGACGUGUUAAAGGGAAUGGGGUUUUUCGAAUUAAGCAAAAUGUGUAUCCAAAACUUUAGCUAGAUGUCAGUUUGGUAAGCUCUUGAAUUGAGGGGCGCACUUUUUGACAAGAUUCUGAAAAUAAUACUUUGGUAUCCCUUCAUCUACUUUCGUAUCCCUUCAUCUAUGUUAACUUCAACUUCAAAGGCUAUGUUAACUUAUUGCAAUUCAACAUAAGGGGUUGCUUUAUUGUUGAAAUUUGAACUUUUUGAAAAAAUAUAUAAGGACUUGAAUGUAAAAGGUGUAAAACCAGAAAAACGUUAUGGCCACUUUUCACGAAGUACCUACCGUACUUUCUGGCUUCGUCGUAGUAGCGCAAAAAAGGAGUUUUCUGUAUUUGUCAACAGGUGCGCUACCCUCACGUUAGUAAGAUAAUAUAAGACAUAAGUGAAUUGUCGGAUUUUUCAUAAUUGUACCUGUGUAGUUAGAUCGAAUUCCCCUGAGAUUCUCGUAUUUAUUUUUGUAUUGACUUGGAUAUUGUUGCGUCGUCCCGUUCUUUCCAAUUGUUAGCCACAAGGUUCCUUUAAUGGCUGACACAGAAGAACAAAUAUAUCUCUUUUGUAUCUUCAUACAGAAAUCUUCAGCCAUUGUGACAAAAGUAUCAGCGACAGAAAUGGCUUUAAAGCCAUAGCCCUCAAAGUUCUAAGCUUAUGGUUUUUUAUAGGGUCGGUCUUCGUAAGUCCAAACACGAUUUUGCAGGUGUUCUAGUAGGCUAACAGUUGGCUAAGCUCCGUUAUUUUGAAAGGCAAUUCGUCUUUCCAAAAAUGUUUGGACUUUUUUCGACGGGAUAGAAGUAUGCUUUUGUUCCUAUACUUACUUUUCCCGGAAGGCGAUAGGGACUGGAUUUUUAGUACAAAAAAAAAACAUUAAAACGUUACCAAUUUUGGCUGUAGUUAUUGCUCUUAACUCUUCUUAUAUUUUAGCGUUAAAAAUAUAUUAAAAGAAUAUUUUUUGAGUCGCCGGGAGAGUGCAAUAGAGUGUAGAUUAGUAACUAAUAUUAUUAACCAAUUUAUUCUAGUGUAAAUAAUUCGAGUUUGCCUUUCCUUCACUCGAUUUUUUGAGGUUUCGAAUCCUCUGUGCGCAGGAGACAGUGCUGUUUUGUCCCAGUAUAAAUCUUUUGCCCGCACGUGAUAUCUAGGGCUUUUUUUAACCUACUUAAAAUCCAAAAUUACAAUACAUCACUUGUUGUGUCAAUUUGGGUCACUGGAGCACUUGAAAUCUCGUGGGACAACUUCUAUGAAAGUAUGGGAGUAAACAGCAAGAGGUAAUGCAUGAACACAAAAAAAUGAACUCGAGAGAUUGCUAAGCCUAUACUAAACUGUCGGAUGUUUCUACAUCGAUUUUGAUCAUUUGAAAGUAUUUUGAAAACCGACGUAUUUUCAUGAGACCAUAAAUGAACCUGUGGUGGGUCAGUCGAGCAGUUUCGUUUUAUCCCAACAACGGCAUUCCAAAGAAGAAUCAUUGACAAUGACGUUCGUUGGGCCAAAGAUAAGAUUCUUUACAAUAUUUCAAGCGAUCAAAAUGACAUAAUCUGCGCACACAAAAAUAAGGCACCCUAAGAACGCUAUGACGCGGACACUGACGGCUUUUUAUAUCAUGUACUUAACGAAAAUAUAAUGGUUAUAAGUGGAUACUUGCGGACACGUAUCUCGACCAACCACGGCAAAUAGACUGUAGUUAAAAGACUUGCGCGAAUUUUUUGAUGGUUUUUUUCAUGAUUUUGACAACGGUUUUUUCGUGUUGUGUAUCUUUUCGAAAAAGUAGGGGUGUUCCACCCUGGUCCGAUCGGUAAUCGGAUCAGUCUGUGCAUUUUUGUUAUCCACGACUCACGGUACAACGUGCAUGGAGAAUGCAUGUGCAAUUCGCAACUUCUUUUGACUUAAAUAAUAUGGACGAAUGAAUGGGCACUACCAUUGGUUACACUGGCAAACGUAAAAAGAGUUCCCAUUAAACCGGUUGAUCGUAUUACCGAUCGGACGAAUGAGAACACCCACAAUUAGUGAGGCUCGAAGUGCCUUGGAGAAGUGGCGAUAUUUAUUGGUGUUUCCUCACUCGACUUUACGCGUCCCUCAAACAGCUGCGAAAUCGGUUAAUAGUAAUUUUUCAAAAUAUAAUUACCAAUCGAAAAUCACGGUCGGUCGCUAAGAAGGUUGUUUGAACAACACCUUACACAGUGGUCGCAAUAUCAAAAUUUUCCAGCAGUAUUUCCAAAAGAAUUCGUUUAAUAUCUUGACUGCCUUGUACGAGAUCUUCAAUGGUCACGCGACCACUGUGUUGCAGCCUUAAUCUCGUCCGAUACCUAUAGAGUAGUGAAAGUAAGCUGCUUUUCCCGUUGGUAGGACGUCGACAUUUCCCGCCGGUCGGACCAACAAAUCUUGGUCACGCGUUUUUGAUAAAACACAAUGAGUUUACCCUUUAUUACCCGUUUUCAAUUUUUAUUCCACUUUAAACUAUUGCCUCGGCUUAGCCUCCUAAUAUUGUCCCUUAAAGUUUGUCCAUUUAUGAUAAAGAGGAUGAUGUAUGGUCCGCACACCAGUGUCGGUCAUAUUUAGCUUGCCACGGAAUAAGUACUAAAUGGCUAUAUAAGGAAUAAAAAAUGGAAAAAACAGGUAUAUUGAAGAGUUGCUCCAGCAGUUAUGUGGUCAUGGCAAUGUUUCAAUAACAUAGCCUCGUUGUUAGAACCCUAGGGUCGAUUUCAUCCAACAAAUUGUAAAAAGGUUUGAAAAUUAAUUCACAAAAUAUUUUAAGCCUGGCUUUAAUUGAGGUGAAAAGGACCCUUUCGAUAUUUCUAAAAAUUAAGUAGAUCCAAUUUGUAUAAUUAGUAGAGCGUUGUAGAAAAAAAAAAAUAAGCCAUACAUAACUAUCGCGUUGUGAAACUUUAAAUGCGUAUAAUUAUAAAGUAAAUUAUUCAAGUAAUGCAGAAGCUUUGAUUUAACUCGUAAUCAAGGUACAAAAUGUAACAACGUUGGGCGAGAUAAUAUAUUUUUUCUUAGUAUUUUAGAUAUAUAUAUUAUGCAUUAUUAAGGUACAUGUAUUCAAAGUUCCAUAACGCGUGACAGAGUUUAAAAAUGCACACACUUGUGUGAAACUCUUAUAAUAAUAUUAAAUUUAAAAUAGUUUCUGAAAAAUAAUGUUUUCUCUCGAAAUUAGAUGUUUCCCUAGGUGAUAAUUUGGACACGCCUUGACGCCCCGUCACAAUCACUCCACUCUCACAGGCACAUUAAAUUUUCGAUCAUCCAUCUCAUGAGACUUUUUUACGAAACCACAUAUUUUAAGUGAACGUUGUUCAAAUGUUUUCGACUGCAUUUUCAAAUCUUGUUUGGUAAUUUUUUUUGGUAAUUUUGUGGCAACACUUUUUGACAAAAAUUUUUGUUUGUAUUUAUUUAUCGAAACCACUGACACUGACUCUGUAUCGCUGUGUGAUGUGAAUCAAUUUUUAUUGAUUUUAUUUUUGAGUCUGAAACUUGUUUUUUUUUAAAUUGUUUACGUACACUAACUAGUUGUGUGCAUUUUCCAUUUUUGGUGGUUCUUUUGAAUGAAAUUGCUCAAUGUUUUUGAAAAAUUGUUUGAUGUGCCCCCCUACCCUCCUAGUUGGAACAUAAAUUAAAACAAGGCGGGAUGCGUGAGUGAGUUUUUGUAUGGUCGCACUGUCCCAUUUUGUAUUUUUGUAUUUUUAUAAAAAACGAUAUUGUGAAUCGGACGUGAUUUUUUACUUUACGCGCAACGUUGUAGCUGUGAGACGCUUAUUUAUUUUUGUAAAAGUAGUCGUUUCAUGAAGGACAAACCUUCAACGCUCCGUUUGCCUUGAAGGUCUGUUCGUUUUCAAAAUAACUGAAUUGGUGUUAGAUUUAAAUUUAAAACCCGAGGUGUGUUUGGGAUGUCUGUCUGCGAGCUGUGGAUUAGUUUCGCUCUACAUCUGGGAGGAUGGACGCUGGGAGUGGCUUAAGAGUGCCCCUUCCAGCGGAUGCCUGUCUUGCGGCGCAACCGCCGCUGUGGCGAAGAUUUUUGAAAAUAUUCGCUAUUUCUAGUUAAUUCAAAUAUAGGGAGAAAGUAUCGGAUAGUUCGAUUUCUCGUCUUUCGUUGUCUCGUUUCUCUUUAUAGUUACAUUUCUUGUUAAGGGUUUUAUAUUCCUGUUGCAUUGACAAUGCAGCGGGAGUACUUCUUGAUUUCGCCUCGCAGUAUUUUUAGUUUUGACUGUAGUUUAAUUUCUAGAUGAGGUCUGCUUUUCUGAUGGAUUUGUUACGUUUGUAAAUGAAAACUGGGUUUUUUAGUUGAUUUCGAGGAAGAUUUAGUUAUCGACGCUGCGAGGCGAUGGUUUGUUCUCAGGAUUAUUUUAGCGUUUUGGUUCGUUAGUUUGUAGGUUGUUUUUGCUUGCUUUCUUGUUUACGCCCGGCGUGACGUCGCCGCGUCGGGCGUCUUCGUUGUUUGUAUGUUGUCUGUUUUCUAUUAACUUUAGCUAUAACGGGUGUUCAACGCUAUUGGAUAUAUUUUCAUUUUAGAUUGUAAUUUUGUCGUUUGGCAUAUCACUGCGUGACGUUAUAUUACACACUACGGGGGGCAAUGUGGGUGUCAUUCGAUUAACAUUCUUAUAGAUUUUUUGAAGUGAAAUUUGUACUUUUUUAAAAAUAUCUUAGCUAACUUUGAAAUGUAAAAGAGUUGUUGUUGUUAAUGGUUAAAAGUCGGUGUUUCGUCCCCUCGUCGUUCUCUGAGUGAGUUUGUUUCCGCACUUUUCACUUACAUGUACAUAGCGAAUCGAUCGUACGUUGGAUUUCUUAGUAAAAUAAAAUGUAAAAAAAAUCCGCAAUAAAAGGUUUUUUACGAGUCUUCGGAAGCGGACCGAGGUUAGGAAAUUUUUUGGUCUUAGCGUCUUGGCCGGCGCGCGCGCACCGCGUCGCUCGGGCUGGUGAAUUCUCGUGCUAGGAUUUAGUGAAAUUAUUACAUAAUAAAAAUAGCGAAGAGUAGCGCAAUUCAUUAAAAUACCUACCUAGUUGAGUAUUGUAUAAUGAAAAUAGUACCUAAAUACCUUAUAACGUUGCUAGACAAUAUUAUGUUUGUAUAAAAUUUCUUGCACCGUCAGUUUGUCAAGUGUUUUUACGAAUUCUCACGUUUUGAAGUUCAAGAAUUAUCACCGAAUAGCGUAAGCCGCGAUGGUGCAUCGAAAUUAUUUUUUUAAAUGGAUUUUUCGAAUUACAUUUGACUCCUUUACAAACCUAGCAAAAUUAACAGUCAAUUCUACAUUCUUUUUUGACAAGUGUUAACAAAUUUUCAAAGGAGUCAUGUCACUAUAAUUUAAUUUGAAAUAAGAUUUAUAUAUUUUUAUAAACAGUUAUUUCAGCGAUUGUUAAAUAGAAUCAAUUUUGUUGAAAAUUCGCGAUUUUUGAAACUGGUAUGAAAUUAAUUUGCUGACGGAAAGAUUCCAUUUGGUCCAAUGUUAUUACUUAGGAGCUACCUUUGUAAAAGAGAUAUCUAGUGACAGCUUUAGUGAGAAGUAGUUAAGGUUAAUUUUUAAGCUUUCUUUUAGAGUUAAGCACAUUUUUAACUUAUUUGUUACAGAAAUGCAAUGACAUCGUUUAAAGAAAAACCACUAUUUAGCUAUUUUACAACACGAGCCUUAAAAACGAUGUUGUGGCAUUUUUAAGAUAGGAUGGCAUUGGAUGGAAUGGAAACUUUACAUAUAUAUAUUUUUUUAAUUUUAAAACAAAUGUAUGAAAAAUGGACUUUUGUUGAAAGAUGUGUUUUUUAAACUUGUUUCUAAAUCUCUCUGCUUUUUGUAAGUGACAGCCCGUUUAUUUAAAUGCAAUUAUUUUAGACUAUUGUGAAAAUAUAUGAAUUUGAAACUUUCUCCCCGUGUUUCAUCUGUAGUUUGCUUGGGAUAGUGCAAUUGAAUGGUUUUUUGUUUUGUAUCUUAUAACAUCACAUCGCUUUCGAAUCUUUGUGUUGUCACAGAUCCUAUUUUUGUAAGUACAUUUUUAUUUUUUGAGCUGUAUUUUCUCCGUUGACCAAAGACAGCGUCCCAAAGACGGUUUUACCAAAAAGACAUGAGUGAGGGGCCCGACCCCGCAGUGAUUCCUAUUUUUACUUAAUUCUUGGAGAAAGUGUGGCUACAGUAACUUUUUUUUUAUAUAUUGCCCGCUCGUUUGGAUGUAUUUUUGAAGUUAUUCCUAUUUAUUUAUUUUUUACCUUUUUGUAUAACUUUUUUUAAUUUGUAGCUAGUUAUUCACUAUAGCUUGGUAAUUGUUUAUUGUUAGUGGUUAAUACAUUUUCAGUAUUUUUCAUCAUUUUUUAAAAGUAAUUUUACACCGCAACUAGAGUAAUUUUAAGCUUUCGCCAAUAUUAAAAAUAAUUGCACAUUGGCAGUAAGACAGUAAAUAUAAGAAGUAUUUAUGUAUAUUUAAACAAAUUUGAAAUAACUAAAAAUGUAAAUCGGUUGAAAUGCUAUGUAUGUAGAUCCAUUUUUUUUAAUCAGAGCUUUUGUUUUUCCCAUGCAAAAGUGAGGUAACAGUUUUUAUAAGUAUAUAUGUAUUUAUGUAAAGUUAUGUAAAAAACUAAAUUUUACCGUAGAUGUAACUAGUUUUGAUUCAUUUUGAGUUUCAUUAUUGUUUAAGAGUGAAUUUUAUUUUUUUGUUGUUUGAAUAAUAGUAUUAUCUUAGUGUUAAUGACUUCAGGGGUGGAGUGUUUCACAAAAAAAGCGAAGGCUGAUUUUAGCUACAGAAAUAUGGCAACACUCAUAUUAAACACCUUGCUUCCAAAGCCUUUGCAACACGUGCACAAAAAUGAUUUUUGAACAAGAGUUGCUACGAAACAUGAUAUUUCUGUUUGAAACCAAGUGUUCGCACGUGUUUUUUUUUAUUCAAAUUUCUCGCUUACAUCAGUAACAAGUUUCACUAGCGUGUGGAUAUGCUGCCAAACAUAAAACGUAGGUUUAUGCAUAGGUCAAUGUUGCAUUAGGAUUACAAUCUGGUUGUUCAUCUAGAAUAUUGAAAACAUGCCUUACAGUAUUUGUAAUUAAAUUUUCUUUAGGUGUUAGUCACAACAUUAGUGAGCUAAAUCAGUAGUUUAUUUAAAAUAACUUUGUUAACAAAGCACUCUGCCCCAAGUCGUGUAGGUAUUGUUUAAACUGAAAUACUUGAAUUUUUAUAU